GAGCCACAUGUUGCUUAGGACGACGAUGUUCCCUAACAUCUCCACGAUUAUUACUUCAGCGAGUUCGUAUUUUUAUUUACCCGUCGACGAAGAUGCCGAGGAUUCAGAUGAUAGUCUCGACCUCGAACGCGUCCCAAGACAUAUCUCAUGGAGUUCAAGUGAUUCCACUGAAUAUGAAGACUCCUGCUUCAGCUCCACCUCCUCUUCAUCUUCAUCAUCCUCAAUAGCCUCCGAUUAUACUCCUUCUCCACCGAGACCUUCUAAAAAUCGCUCUUUAAUCAAGGAGAUCCUCGCCGAGGACGACUUGUAUAAGGUCCUUGGUAUCAGUCGAUCGACGCCUGUUGAUAGACUCAUCCUCCGACGCGCCUACCUCUCAAGAAGUAAAGCAUGUCAUCCAGAUAAAUUUCCAGGCAGUCCACAAGCUACCGAGGCCUUUCAGAAGGUCACUGUGGCGUAUGAUGUAUUAAGUAAACCUGCCGCCAAGCGGAUGUACGAUACCAAUCCUUCCUCUUCACCAUAUGACUUUGCCGCACAUCCCUACCAAAGAGCCGAGGAGACGUUCCGGAGCGUUGUCCUAGGUGUAUUUAAUGACUUCCUUGAAGGAGAUCUCGAAACUGUCCGAACCUUGCUACGUGCUGUGAAUGACUUCAACCCCUCUCUACGACUCGGCGACGACGGCAUCGAUGCCGUGCUCAACGCCCUUCAGUCAAUCCGACAACGUGCACUCACAUGUCGAACCUGUAUCCUAACCCUUAACUCCGAGCUUUCUCGAGUCCUAGAACUGCAAUACGCCUUCCGUCAAUUAUCCUACUUCGACCUCCGCCGCCGUUCGAGGCUAACCAUUGAACUUGCCCGGAUUGCCAUCAGUCUUCCGGUGGCACUUGAUAGAGCGCUGCAGAGACAGAAGGUUGAAAACACGUCAGGGGACCCGGAUUGGUCUAGAGAAGAAGGGGGACAGUCGAAGUCCCCACCCCGCUCGAAUGAUACGGCAAUUCUGAACCGCAGGCUUUAUAGACUCCUCUGCGGUUUCGCCGUUGUACUGGAACGCAUGGAAAAGUUGUUGUAGACCAGCAACCUCUUGGGAUUUUCACGUUCUACAUUCGGGUCUUUUUUCUUCUUCUAUUAUAUCGGUUUGUCAUUUAUUGCUUCCUGGCUGGUUUACUUCACAUAUAGACUUUCGAAUUGUACUUCUUCCAUUAGAUACAUUAUUUUUUUUGUAGAGGAACCUACAUGUAACAUCCGCCUCGAUACAUAUCCACACCUCACGCGUAACAGCAUAAUGGCGUAAUGUGAAACCUUACCGGUACCUUGUA